GGCUCUGGAGAAGGAAGAGGAGUGGGGCGGGAGGAGGCAGCGGUGGCGAUCCGGGCAGGGUGAUGGUGCAGGUGCCAGGGGCCGGCGCGGAGCUGCCGCGCUGAGGGGCGACGGGUCCGGAGUCCGCAGCGCCGCCGCGUCGCUCCCGAGGACGGGCGAGCGGGCGGGAAGAUGCUGAGCAGGUUGAUGAGCGGCAGCAGCAGGAGUCUGGAGCGCGAGUACAGCUGCACCGUGCGGCUGCUGGACGACAGCGAGUACACCUGCACCAUCCAGAGAGAUGCUAAAGGCCAGUACCUGUUUGACCUCCUGUGCCACCACUUGAACCUACUUGAGAAAGACUACUUUGGGAUUCGUUUUGUGGACCCAGAUAAGCAGCGGCACUGGUUGGAGUUUACAAAGUCAGUGGUGAAGCAACUGAGAUCCCAGCCCCCGUUCACCAUGUGCUUCCGUGUGAAGUUUUACCCUGCAGACCCUGCUGCCCUGAAAGAGGAAAUAACCAGGUACUUGGUCUUCCUGCAGAUCAAAAGGGAUCUCUACCAUGGCCGUCUCCUCUGUAAAACAUCGGAUGCCGCCUUGCUAGCGGCCUAUAUCCUUCAAGCGGAGAUUGGGGAUUAUGACCCGGGAAAGCACCCUGAAGGCUACAGCUCCAAGUUCCAAUUUUUCCCAAAACACUCAGAGAAACUGGAAAAGAAAAUUGCAGAGAUUCACAAGACAGAACUCAGUGGUCAAACACCAGCGACGUCCGAGCUGAAUUUCCUAAGAAAGGCACAGACGUUAGAGACCUACGGAGUGGACCCUCACCCGUGUAAGGAUGUGUCAGGAAAUGCUGCGUUUCUGGCCUUCACUCCUUUCGGGUUUGUUGUUCUUCAAGGAAACAAGAGAGUCCACUUCAUUAAAUGGAAUGAGGUGACCAAGCUGAAAUUUGAAGGAAAGACUUUCUAUUUAUACGUAAGUCAGAAAGAGGAGAAAAAAAUUAUUCUCACAUAUUUUGCUCCAACUCCAGAAGCCUGCAAGCACCUCUGGAAAUGUGGGAUUGAGAACCAAGCCUUCUACAAGCUGGAGAAGUCAAGCCAAGUCCGCACCGUGUCCAGCAGCAACUUAUUCUUUAAAGGGAGCCGGUUCCGAUACAGCGGCCGGGUUGCAAAAGAAGUCAUGGAAUCAAGUGCCAAGAUCAAACGGGAGCCGCCAGAGAUACACAGAGCCGGCAUGGUUCCCAGCCGCAGCUGUCCUUCCAUAACCCAUGGUCCACGGCUGAGCAGUGUCCCCAGGACUCGGAGAAGAGCUGUGCACAUCUCCAUCAUGGAAGGCCUUGAGUCCCUGCGAGACAGUGCCCAUUCCACACCGGUGCGGUCCUCUUCCCAUGGGGACACCUUUCUCCCUCAUGUGAGAAGCAGCCGGGCAGACAGCAACGACCGCGUAGCUGUGAUUGCAGACGAGGCCUACAGCCCCGCGGACAGCGUACUGCCCACCCCCGUAGCCGAGCACAGCCUGGAGCUCAUGCUGCUUUCCCGCCAGAUCAAUGGAGCCACGUGCAGCAUCGAGGAGGAGAAGGAGUCUGAGGCCAGCACCCCAACUGCAACAGAGGUGGAGGCCCUUGGCGGCGAGCUGAGGGCCCUGUGUCAGGGGCACGGCGGCGGGCCGGAGCAACAACAGGUGAAUAAGUUUGUCUUAAGUGUCCUCCGUUUGCUCCUUGUGACCUUGGGACUCCUCUUUGUUUUGCUCCUCCUCCUCAUCAUCCUCACUGAGUCUGACCUUGACAUUGCUUUUUUCCGAGAUAUCCGCCAGACCCCUGAGUUUGAACAAUUCCACUAUCAAUACUUUUGUCCCCUCAGGCGAUGGUUUGCCUGCAAAAUCCGCUCAGUGGUGAGCCUGCUCAUUGACACCUGAGAAGGCAUGACUCCUCCCAAUAACUAGCCAGGUGGACCAAGGAGCCCGGCUACCUAUUCCCAGCAAUGGGACCCAUCUCGGAACCAUCGGCACACACACCAAGCCCUCUCAUGACUCAAAGUGCACUGCAGCCUAGGAGGGUGGUUUCCCGGAAGAAAGGGGAAUAGGCUACUGCCCGGUAAAGAAACUGGGAAGACUCAAUUUCUUCAGAGGCUCUUUCAAGAAAGGCUCAGCAACCCUGUUUCUCAUCCUUCAAUAUGCAGGAUAAUUUUUUGGGUUCAAAUUUUAAUUUUUCAUAGAUGUGUAUUAUUUUGAAAGUCUCCAAAUAAAAAUAAUUUAUUUUACUAUACUGAUUAUUGCAGUAGUGUCACCUAGUAGAUGGGACACUAGUUGAAGACUUAGAGCCGCCCCGAGGCUUCCUCACUGGUGCCAGUGGGUUCCAGGAGGCCCAGCAGGGCAGGCUAGAGCUAUGGACAGGCAGGAGUGUUGGUUUCCUCGCCAGACAGAAAGAAGGUUUAACCAAGUAAACGUCUGUGUUAGAAUGAUUAAUUAGAAAGUUGCUUCUUACAAUGGUCUGAGUUGGGUUUGCUUUUCCUUUUGUUUUUUCAAAUCUGAGCAGAGUGGUCAUCUGAAGGGACCACUGCUUGCUGCAGCAG